AAGCAUUUGUGAUUAAAUUACGAAAUUAUCAUAGCUAGCGAUUCGGUUGUAACGUUUUCUUAAAUUACCUAAUAUUACCGUAAAAUAAUGGAAGUUUCAGAAGAGAACUUAGCCACAUUAGCUAGUUAUUUACAGAAGACUCUCAGUCCGGACCCGAACGUUAGAAGGCCCGCUGAAAAAUUCUUAGAAGGUGUUGAGUCAAAUCAGAAUUAUGGGAUACUAUUACUCCAUCUCAUCGAUAACGAGAAUGCAGACUUCAUUAUACGUGUCACUGCAUCUAUUACAUUCAAAAAUUAUAUUAAACGUAACUGGCCAGUGGAGGAAGAUGGCGUUGAUCGCAUGCAUGCGUCAGAUAGAGUAACAAUCAAAUCACUUAUAGUGAAAUUGAUGCUCAAAUCACCAGAAGCAAUUCAAAGGCAGUUGAGUGAUGCUGUGUCUAUAAUCGGCAAACAUGACUUCCCUGAAAAAUGGCCGGGCUUGAUUAAUGAGAUGGUUGAGAAAUUUGCUUCAGGUGAUUUCCAUCUCAUUAAUGGUGUAUUGAGGACAGCCCAUUCCUUGUUCAAGAGGUACCGCUAUGAGUUUAAAUCACAAAAACUAUGGGAAGAAAUUAAACAUGUGCUUGACAAUAUAGCGAAGCCACUUACAGACUUAUUUGUGGCGUUGAUAGAUUUAGCACAGAAACACGAAAACAAUCCCCAAGCUUUAACAGUCAUAUACAACUCACUGGUGUUGACAUGCAAAGUUUUCUACUCACUCAAUUAUCAAGAUCUACCGGAGUUCUUUGAAGACAAUAUGCCAGUGUGGAUGCCGAAUUUACUCAACUUGUUGCAAAAGAAAGUACAGUGUUUAGAGACUAAUGAUGAUAACGAUAAGCCGGGCGUAAUGGAAGAUCUACGUACGGAAGUGUGCAAUUGUGCAGCUUUAUACGCUCUUAAGUAUGAGGAAGAAUUUUCCCCAUACGCACCGUCAUUCGUUACGGCAGUCUGGAAUGUUUUACUUAGUACGAAUUCUAAAGUUAGGUUUGAUGCGUUAGUGUCAAAUGCUCUCACGUUUCUCGCAAAAGUUGCAGAGAAGAAUACAUACAAGAAUUUAUUCGAAGACCCCGCAACACUGAGCAGUAUUUGUGAGAAAGUUGUCAUACCUAACAUGGAAUUACGGGAGUCAGAUAUAGAAGUAUUUGAAGAUAAUCCAGAGGAAUACGUAAGUCGUGACAUUGAAGGCUCCGACGUUGACACCAGACGGAGAGCGGCCUGCGAUUUAGUACGAACCUUGGCUUUAAAUUAUGAGGACAAAAUGAUGAGCAUCUUCGGGCAAUAUGUUGAGGUUAUGUUAAAUAAAUAUACAGAAAGUGGAGGUACCGCGUGGAUAGGUAAAGACACGGCCCUAUUCCUUGUAACGUCACUGGCUAGUCGCGGUGGAACACAGGCGGCUGGUGUAACGAAAGCGUCCCCUCUUGUCGAUUUGACUACGUUCGCUGCUAAUCAUGUCUUACCGGAGUUACAACGACCUAAUGUAAAUGAGCUGCCAGUUUUAAAAGCGGAUGCAAUCAAAUACAUAAUGACUUUCCGUUCGUUACUACCCAAGGAGCUCAUUAUUACAGCCUUGCCUUUAUUGAUUCAACACAUAACGGGUCGCGGUGUAGUGUGUACGUACGGCGCUUGCGCGGUCGAGAAGCUGAUAGCGGGCGGGAUGGUGUCCCGGGCGGCGCUGCAGCCCCACGCCGGGGCUCUGCUGGCGGCGCUGCUGGCCGCGCUGGGCCGCCAGGAUGACCCCACCGACCACAACGAAUACGUCAUGAAGGCUGUGCUCCGAACACUGGCUUGUUUACGCGAGGACGCCUUGCCAUAUUUGGGCGAAGCGUUGCCAAAGUUAGCUGGAAUGUUAGCCGUGGUUUCCAAGAAUCCAUGCAAACCACAUUUCAAUCACUACUUAUUUGAGAGCCUCUCGCUUGCUGUACAGUUAGUCGUGAAGUCGAACCCCGCAGCCAUAACGGCGUUCGAAGAUGCACUGUUCCCGAUUUUCCAAGAUAUCUUGCAAAAUGAUAUUCAGGAGUUCAUGCCGUACGUGUUCCAAAUGCUGUCUCUCCUGCUGGAGCUGCGCGGCGAGGGCGGCGGCGGGGCGGGCGGGGGCGAGCCCGAGAUGUACGCGGCGCUGCUGCCCUGCCUCGUGGCGCCGCCGCUGUGGGAGCGCCCCGCCAACGUGCGCCCGCUCGUGAGGCUGCUGUGCGCCUUCGUGCUGACGCGAGCUCGCCUCGUGCUGGGCUCCGGCAAGCUGAAUGCGAUGUUGGGAGUCUUUCAGAAAUUAAUCGCUUCAAAGACGAACGACCAUGAAGGCUUCUACCUAAUACAAACAAUGCUGUUCAAAUUCGGGCAGUCUGUAAUGCAACAAUACACGAAGCAAAUAAUGACAUUACUUUUCCAACGGCUCUCUUCAUCUAAAACAACAAAAUACGUCAAAGGGUUGAUCGCUUUCCUGGGUUUCUACGCGACGCAGUUUGGACCAGACGAACUGAUCGAGUUAAUUGACUCCGUACAAGCAAAUAUGUUCGCGAUGUACGUCCAGCGUGUCCUAGUGCCAGACGUGCGAAAAGUGACGGGCACGUUAGAGCGUAAGGCGGCCGCAGUCGGGUGCGUACGUCUGCUGUGCCACUCGCGACGCUUCAGAGAGGAUCUGGCGCCGCUGUGGCCUUCGUUAUUGCAGGCGCUGGUGUCGCUGUUCGAGCUGCCCCCGGACGACAGCUCGCUGCCGGACGACCACUUCGUGGAGGUGGACGACGCGCCCGGCUACCAGCCGCAGUUCGCGCAGCUGGCCAGCGCGCGCGCCGCCGCCGGGGACCCGCUCGCCGCUAUCGAGGACCCGAAGCGCUACCUGGCGGAGAGCUUGGCGGAGGCGUCUCGCUCGCAGCCCGGCUUCCUGCCGCCGCUGCUGGCGGCCCUGGAGCCCGCCCACCGCGCCGCGCUGGAGACCUACCUGCAGGCCUACAGCGUGCAGCUCUGCUGAGCGCCGGAGACCUACCUGCAGGCCUACAGCGUGCAGCUCUGCUGAGCGCCGGAGACCUACCUGCAGGCCUACAGCGUGCAGCUCUGCUGAGCGCCGGAGACCUACCUGCAGGCCUACAGCGUGCAGCUCUGCUGAGCGCCGGAGACCUACCUGCAGGCCUACAGCGUGCAGCUCUGCUGAGCGCCGGAGACCUACCUGCAGGCCUACAGCGUGCAGCUCUGCUGAGCGCCGGAGACCUACCUGCAGGCCUACAGCGUGCAGCUCUGCUGAGCGCCGGAGACCUACCUGCAGGCCUACAGCGUGCAGCUCUGCUGAGCGCCGGAGACCUACCUGCAGGCCUACAGCGUGCAGCUCUGCUGAGCGCCGGAGACCUACCUGCAGGCCUACAGCGUGCAGCUCUGCUGAGCGCCGGAGACCUACCUGCAGGCCUACAGCGUGCAGCUCUGCUGAGCGCCGGAGACCUACCUGCAGGCCUACAGCGUGCAGCUCUGCUGAGCGCCGGAGACCUACCUGCAGGCCUACAGCGUGCAGCUCUGCUGAGCGCCGGAGACCUACCUGCAGGCCUACAGCGUGCAGCUCUGCUGAGCGCCGGAGACCUACCUGCAGGCCUACAGCGUGCAGCUCUGCUGAGCGCCGGAGACCUACCUGCAGGCCUACAGCGUGCAGCUCUGCUGAGCGCCGGAGACCUACCUGCAGGCCUACAGCGUGCAGCUCUGCUGAGCGCCGGAGACCUACCUGCAGGCCUACAGCGUGCAGCUCUGCUGAGCGCCGGAGACCUACCUGCAGGCCUACAGCGUGCAGCUCUGCUGAGCGCUGGAGACCUACCUGCAGGCCUACAGCGUGCAGCUCUGCUGAGCGCUGGAGACCUACCUGCAGGCCUACAGCGUGCAGCUCUGCUGAGCGCCGGAGACCUACCUGCAGGCCUACAGCGUGCAGCUCUGCUGAGCGCUGGAGACCUCCCUGCAGGCCUACAGCGUGCAGCUCUGCUGAAGUGCCGAGUGCCUGCGUCCCCCUAUCUGUUGGAACGAACGCGACGUCGCCUAACUACGGCUCAUUGUCACAGAUUCCGCCGGCCCGCAUCUUACGGCGAUAUUUAACGCCGUUUUGUGCCUUAAAUAUUGCGAUAAUAUGCAUUUAUCGUAGUCAUUGUAUACAAAAUUAUCAUUUAUCCAUUCAUAUUUUUUAAUAAUAUUCAUUUUUUGAGUUCUAAAAUGUGAACAUCUCUGCGAUAUUUUAGUUAUCUAUGGUCAUUUUGUAAUUUCGAUGUUCUCUAUUUGUAAAUAAUGUCAUAAAGAAUGAACUGAGUAACAAUCUUUUCUAUAAGUGUAAUGUUAGUAAUAACUAGCGUAUUAAAUAAUUUUUGUGAUAUAACAAGUUACUGAAUUAGGUAUGUUCUAAGACGCUGAGCGUUUCUUCUCAUGGUUAACGUUUACAUUAAUAUAUAUUACACAUAACAAAAAUUAAAUUAAUGUAUUUUUCUAAGACUCUCAUACUUAAAUGGCUCGUAAAGUACAUUUGUAUUUUCUUGUCUCAAUAACUGGCUUCUUAGAAUUAUUGUAUGGUUGUAGCUAAUUUACGUUUGUAAUUUUUAAUUAAAGUAUGAUCGUAUGAUUCAAUAAAUGUUUAAUAUUACGUA